AUGAAAAUAAUGACUCCUGUCCUGACUUUCUGCCUGAUCCUUUGGGCUGCAGUCGCUGAAGGAGGUCUUAUUCAUGGUCAUGCAGAUGAGCUCAUUUCGAGUCCUGCUCAGUAUGAAUUCCAUUACGCCGUACACGAUAGUCAUACCGGCGAUGUUAAGGACCAGUUUGAGCAUCGACGAGGCGGAUACGUAACGGGUCGUUAUUCGCUUAUCGAACCAGAUGGUCAUCGUCGUAUUGUGGACUACAGUGCCGAUCCCUUGCUGGGCUUCAAUGCUCAAGUGCGUCGCGAACCCAGCUCAAUUUACACGCGUCAUUAAAAGAACUCCAACCAGAUGGAAU